AUGAAAGGAGAACACAUCUUUAUAUAUACAUUAUCCUCCCUCACUUGAUAGGUUUUGCUCAUGGUUUUAGAAAAUACAACCUCAAUGGCAAUUGUUUUUGCCAGCGUUCUGGUCGUUGUUCAUGUUGUUAUAGUAGUGGUGCUAAUUGUAUAUUUAGCCUCCCAAUCUCGUGGAAAGGUCUCUCCUCUGAUGCUCUCUGAAAAGGAGCGGCUCAAGGCCAAAAAGAAGGCACAGAAGCACGAUUAGACCUUCUCAUCCGUGAUGAGAAAAGCGAAGGGAUGUUAUCAAGGAGUAUCGGCCUCCUGUAUUUUGUUGCUCUCUAUUUCAUGUAUUGAUAAAUGCGUUUAUGAGCUUUUUUAUAUCGGUUUUGUUACACCGGGUUUACCAACUUAUCCUGGACUAAUAAUCUACUAUAGGGUAUUUUAUUCCUUUGUCUACCGCAUGAAACCGAGCUGUGUGAAUCAUUGACUAUUUAGCAGCUUUCUUUUGACUUUUAUCCUCCAUCAGUGAGAAGGAAUCGAAUGCGAAGGUGAUCAUUGCAAUUUGCGAAAUGAAUAGCAUCUUUAUUGAGCUCAGCCUGAGUUGACUGGAAGGCAUAAACAUACGCUUUCAAAUGCAAAAUUAGACAGUUGGCUUAUGACAUACCGAAAA